AUGAGCAGCAGCAGUCCGAAGUACCUAACAGUUCUUGACGCUGGAGGCCUGGCUCGGAUCUCCGGGAGUUGGCUCACCGGGCAGCUCCAAGCAUUUAGAGCCUGCGACACAUUCCAACCAGACUUCCUCCGCGGCAUCCUUUUCACUACAUCCACAGAAGAUGCUGCUCUCGAACCGCAGGCAAGAGCGGUUCUCCGCAACGCAGGCGUCGAAUGGACGAGCGUGCUAUCGAAAUCGUCGCACGACCAGUCCGCCCUGCGUCCCGGUCCUUACCUGAGCUCCCGCAAUUUCCUCUUCGAGCUCCGCCGCAUCCACGAUGACACGCACGAAUGCUUCGUCACCACUGUAAUUCAAGCGCCCUCUAUACAGCCAUGCUUCCAGUCGCUCCCUUUCGGCAGCUCCGACCGCGCCACCGCCCCAGCCGCAGCGGUCCCGUCGCGCCUGACCACUUCCACCGCCGCUACCACAGCCAACCUCCCCCUCGCCGGCCUGCGCAUCGCUGUCAAAGACAACUUCGACCUCGCCGGUAUAACAACGUCGCUAUGCAACGCCGCGUACGCCUCCUUCCACCCCCCUGCCGCCGUCACCGCAGCCUGUGUGCAGAGGCUCGUUGACCGCGGUGCAACGGUGCUGGGGAAGACGAGGCUGUCCAGCUUCGCGGCGACGGAAGAGCCGCUCGAGUGCAUCGACUGGCCGGCACCGUGGAACCCACGCGCCGACGGGUACCAGAGCCCUGCGGGAAGCAGCAGUGGGAGCGGUGCUGCGGUGGCGGCGUAUGAAUGGUUGGAUGCGGCUGUUGGAUCGGAUAAUGCCUUGGAGUCCAAGCGCAGAUGGUCGAGCUGGAAUCGCGGUGGGCCGAGUCUACUCCGGCUGAGGCUGGAGGUUGUGGGUUGUCAGAAUAUAUGGAAGCCGCUUGUCGGAAUUCCUUUUGGCACGAUGAUUUCCAUAACUUGGAUGGAUUUCGAAGCGCAUAUGAAGGGCAUGGCAUCCAAAAUUUCCCGAGCUGAGAGAGAUGAUGCCACAGACAAGCUCGAGGUCUAUCGAAACUGGUUUACAGAAAAAAUCAUGAGAGUUAAAGAGAGCAACACCAUCGUCAUUCUGCCGAUUGAAGAGAUAUCGCCGCGCUACCGCGACGAGCCCCCAUCGCGAAAGUUCUAUCCAAAGGGUGUGCCAAUGCUAUUCUUAAGCCCCAUUAUUGGAGGACCAGAGCUCACAAUCCCAAUUGGACAAGUACCACCCCAGAGCAUCUUCGUCCUCGUUCCUGGCGUAGGAACCAAGGCACCGAACAAAUGGUAUGAUGAAAGCGAGCGGCUGUGGCUUAACUCGCUGCCACCGGCUAUCUCGGCAGGCGUGAGCGCGUACGCAUUCAACCACGACGUCACCCCACGUCAUUUUGCCUGGCCGCAGCUGUUUGGACAGGGCGAGAGGCUGCUUAAGCAGCUUGUCGAGCUGGGUGAAAACCAGGCGAAGCGCGUCCCCGCUGCCAAUGGGGCGCCGAAAGUGCCGAUUGUCAUCAUCGCCCACAGUGUUGGUGGCUUCAUCAUUAAAGAGGCUUUAUGCUCAGCAUUCGAGCAGAAGAACCAGUACAGAGACUUGCUUGAAACGCUGGCCGGGGUCAUCUUUCUGGGCACGCCGCAUUCGAUCUCUAGAGACGAUGAAGUGUGGGACAAUAUUCCUUACGCCAUUGAUCAGAGCUAUAAAGCGAAGAAUCUGAUUAAUUCUGAUGCCCGCCAAAGGCUUGCACAGCUCUCCAGCCGCUUCAUGCAGGCAGCCGCGGGGUUGCAAGUGCUGUCUUGCUAUGAAGUGGAGAAGACGAAGGUGAAAUCCUCGCUACUUUCGUCAUCAAAGAUCUUGAUUGCGCCUCGUGAGUUUGUGCAACUCAAAUUCUCAGGCGAGCGUGUUCUUGCGCUCCGAUCGGAUCAUCGAGGCCUGUGUGAUUUCAGAGCUCAGAGUUCGGAGUUUGCAGACCUUGCUGCUUUCAUUGAGACAGCUUUGGAAGACGCUCGUCUGAGGAUCGCCAAUGGCUCUCCGGAGUAUGAUGUACCGGAAGCUUUGGCAACGUUGACAGUCAAGGAUGUUAGUGACAUCGACUCACUGGAUCACGAGAAGGGUCAUAACAAUAGCGGAGGAGGAAACAGCUCCGCCGAACCACCGAGUGACCCCCGAGCUACCAAAGGCUCGUCAGACGCUGCGAUUGGAGACAUCAACGAUGUGGCUAAUUUUUCGUCCACUCUUCCAAACCCGAAACUCCCAUGUCACAUCAUCCCAUCCAACCGGAACCCCGGAUUCUUCGGAAGAGCAGACGUUCUGAGGCAGCUCGAUGAGAUCUUCCUCGAAAAGCAUGAUGAUAACGGCUCUGUCUCGUCCUCUGGCAAAGAAAUGACCAUGUUUGCCCUGGUAGGUCCCGGGGGAAUGGGCAAGACGCAGAUUGCCACUGAAUUUGUGCACUUGAGGAAGGACCGUUUCGACGCUAUAUUUUGGGUCUACGCGGAUCAAUCCAUGAAGGUCUCAGAUGGGUUCUCGAAGAUUGCUUUAGAACUCGGCCUCGUUUCGGAAGACUCUGCAGAUGCCAAAGACCCUGUUGUGGUAAGGGAGAACGUGAAAGGUUGGAUGUCCAAUCCCGUCAAAUCGUACGAGGCGUCUGAGACAAGCAUCGAGAAAGCCUCCUGGCUCCUUGUAUUUGACAAUGCUGAUGAUGCGGAUAUCAUUGGAGACUACUGGCCUGUGGACGGACCUGGAUGCGUUCUCUUAACAAGCAGGUAUCCCUUACAUCUGGACAGCAUUGAAGACUCGAUCUUGCAACCCUUUUCAACAGCGGACGCGUUCAAUUUCCUCAUCAAGCUGACGAAGCGGAAGGACGAUCCGGGAGAGAGACAAGCUGGUAUGGAAGUUGUAAGCAGACUGGGUGGGCUGCCCCUUGCGGUCACCCAAAUGGCCGGUAUCAUCACUCGGAGAGACUUGUCUUUCGUAGAGUUCUUGGCCGCUUACGAUGAGAGAGAGAACCAAGAAGACCUGUUCAAAACCAAGAUGGAAAACCCACUCACUCGCAGGAAGUCCGAGUACGAGCAUACGUUAGCCUCGCUCAUGAAUUACUCGGAAGGACUCGAGGGACUUGAGAGCGACAUGUCGAGCAAGUUUCGCUUGGCAAAGCUGCUCACAGACUCCGGGUGGUUUUACCACGAGAGCGGAAAUUCAUUGGAAGCUCUUCCACUAUAUGAAAAAGCCCAGCGCCUUGGCGAAUACGUUGAACGUAACUUGAAGGACGAGCUUUUCACAGAUGACACGAUCUCGAGUGAGGAUGUGACUGCCAUGUUGGCGGAGAUCCACCACAAUAUGGGCUGCGUCGCUACAGAGACAAACAAGCCGACUGAUGCCGUUCAUCACUUCACUGUUUUCAACGAGAUGAUGGCUGAAGAAGCGCGAACCAGUGGCAAGCAGAAGGAGUUUGCGAUCUCAUGGAAUGAACUGGGCAUUGCAAAAAUGAUGAACAAAGAGUGGGCAGAUGCCGAGAAGUGCUUUCUCCGCUCAAUUGAGAUCAUGGAGGAGGUGGAUGCUUCUGCGAAAGAACUAAAGUCUUUACCGACGGUAAAUUUGGGACUAUCAUACUGGCUCCAAGAUGGAAGACUGGAAGAAGCCGAUGCAGUGCUAACGGCUGGUCUGCGGGACCGCGAAGCAAUCUAUGGUGUCAAUGAUCGAGAGUCGUUCAUGUAA